AUGUCACUAAAUGUCGAGCCACCUGUCGGAAAUUUUGCUGCUACCGGAGGCAACGCAACACACAACAUCAUUUCACUUGUCGAUACGAAACUUGCUUUUAAGGUGAAGUCCUCAAACAAUGAUCAUUAUCGUGUGAGACCUGUGUACGGGUUCGUUGAGGGAAAGAGUACGACCAAGCUCGAGAUUGUACGUCUAACUGGGCCGGCGAAGGAAGACAAACUCGUUAUUCAAUGGGCUGAGGUACCGAAUGAUGAGACCGACGCACAAGCACCGUUUAAAGCAGGUGCACAGGCUGGAGAAGUGAUUUUGCCUCUGAAGGCCGAAUAA